AUGAUUUCAGCUGACGGAGCGGCGGUGACGAGUGGCGUGGCAGGAACAAGCCGCACCGGAAGUUGUACGGCUGCUGCACCUAGGGGGCGGUUGAGCAUCCGUGGCGCCUUCGUGUUGCCCGGGACCUGUAUGUAUUUCCUCUGCAUUGAGGGGGUCUGCGUGGGCGUGCAAUCUUCGCCGUGGGAGAAAACCUUUGGUGGGGGACGACAGGAGUCUGGGCGCUGGGCGUCCUCGAAUUUUCCAUGUCUCUGUAUGGCUGGUGCGGCCUCCAUUGCUGUGCAGGAUCAACGGCGAGGUUUCCCUCAGCCCUGCCCGGCGUGA